CGGCGCCUGCGGUUCUACAGAAACAAGGAAGUAUGAGAGGGCUCCUAUUGGCUGUGUGCGGACGGAGAUUUGGGAGCUUUCUCUUCCUGUGUUCUGUCAGUGAGUGACGACGCUGUGUAUAUUCAGUGAGGAAUUAUCAUGCUGUCCGUUCCUUUGUGCCGCUUCCGGGGAGCGCUGCUGGGGGCGCUAAUGGGAGACUGUAUAGGAGCCGUGUUUGAGGGAGAGUACUGCGUGAGUUCUACGUCUGUGAAGGCGGUAUUGGAGACUCUUAACAAAGAUGGAAAGCCGAGAGUUCUAACAUACACAGAUGACACAGCAAUGACCAGAUCAAUGGUACAGUCAUUGCUGGAAAACAAGGAAUUUGAUGCAGAGGAUGUAGCUGACAGAUUUACCAAGGAGUACUUCAAUGAUCCAGACCGUGGAUAUGGCGCAGGGGUGAUCCAUGUGUUUGAGAAGCUUUACAGUGGGGAAUACAGCAAUGUCUUUACACCAGCCAAGGAGCAGUUUAAUGGGAAGGGUUCCUAUGGAAAUGGAGCAGCAAUGAGAGCCGUGGCCAUUCCUUUGGCAUUUCCCAAUAUUGCUGACAUUAUAGAGUAUACUAAAACCAGUGGAAAACUGACACAUGCCUCCUCUUUGGGUUACAAUGGGGCAGUCCUGCAGGCACUGGCAGUGCACUAUGCUCUGCAGGGAGAGCAGAGUCGGGAUUCCUUCCUCAGUAGACUCCUGGAUAACAUGGGUGAAAUAGAAGCUGAUGAAAAAUCUAAAAGUGAUGCAGUGGAAUUGGAGCUGGGUGAGUUUCCAUACUGCAAGAGAUUAGAGAAAAUUAAAGAAUUUUUAGAUAAAGGAUGUGUGCCACGGAAGGAUGUGGUGGAUCAGCUGGGUAAUGGAAUUGCUGCUCUGGAAUCCGUUCCCACUGCUAUAUACGCAUUCUUACGCUGCAUGGAUCCAGUGGAAGACCUUCCCAAGGAAUUCAAUAUUUUACAACGCACUCUUGGUUACUGCUUCUUGCUAGGAGGAGACACUGACACAAUAGCUACCAUGGCUGGAGCCAUUGCAGGUGCUUAUCAUGGAGACUUGCAAGUUCCUUAUGAGUGGAAGCUCAGAUCUGAAAGUUACGAAGAUGCAGAAAAGUGGGCUGAAGAAUUACAUCAGCUGUACACUUCUCGCCUUCCUUCCUGAUUUCAUGAAAUGUCCCUGAAUUUGUUGCACUGCACUGAAUUUGAUAUAAAGCAGAAGACUCUUAAGACUGUUUCCUGAUAUUACAAUUAACAGUUUGGUUUCAUAAAAGUACAUUGUAACACCUGCUGUGGGUUUUUAAAUAAAAAAUGUAUAUGUUUAUUUAGCA